AUGGCCAGGCUGGGCUGCUUCCCCGCUCUGCUCCCCGGCAAGAGGAAGAAGAAGACCCGCAAGAUCGCCGAUGCCAACAAGGCCAGCGGCAACGAAUGUCCCAAGGUGAAGCCGGUCGAGUUCAUCGACUCGACGCUUGCUGCAGCAGGCGUCGUCAAGGUCGUCCCCGCCGCGCACCCGGUCCCCGUGGAGGACCGUAAUAAUAAGGAAGCUGAUGCUGAUCAAUUGGUGUCGGUGAAGGGCAUCGAUCUGUCAGAUUUCGACUUCCAAUUCCACGGGGCCAAGAAGCCCAUCCGAUCCGACAGUGACGUGGCAAUGGACACUGCGGUGAUCUCGGCCGACGCUGCGGUGGCGGAGGCGGCGGACCCGUCGCCAAAGCUGAAGCGGUCUUGCUCCAACAUCGAGACUAAGCGACCUGGCUCGCGUGCCGCGCCCGAGAUGCCGGCCCGGUCGCGCUCCUACGGCGAUCUGGGGAACCUGAUCACCGGCCUCGCCCUGGAGACGACGGCGACACCACACGGCGCGCCGGAGGCGAGCCCGGCGUCGGUGAAGACGUCGCGCACCGCCGACCGCGUGAUGCUGAAGAAGCGGUCGUCCAGCCAGGUGCUGCCCUCGCGCAGCCGGAAGCUCUGGUGGCGGCUCUUCCUCUGGAGCCACCGCAACCUGCAUAUGCCGCGGUCGGCGCGCACGGCCCACCAAGCCGCGUGCUCGCCUGGCCGCCACGGCGGGUACACCUCGGACACGUUCGAGGAGGGCCCGGCCGCUGACCGCAAGAACAAGAAGGUCAUGGUCGACGACUCGCCGCCGCCAUCUCUGCCCAACCAGUGGGUCGCCUUCUCCGCCGAGAACUCCAUCCACGACCGCAUCAGCGCGUGGGUGAGCAGCAUCGAAAGCGAGCUUCCGUUCCACAUCGCCGAGGAGGACGACAACUACGAUGGAGAAGACGACGAGGAGCAUGGCGGCGAGUGUGCGUCGGAACGGCCGCGUCAUCUCGAGCUCGGGGAGCCAUCCUCAGGGAAAGGCGGCGCCCACGGCAAAUCCAAGCGCUGCGCAGCGGCCGACGAGGUCGUCCAGGCCAACACCAUCGUACAGUCCCUGAACGCCUUCUCGUCGGUGGCGCACAUCUCAGGGAUGGGCCUCAAGGUAGUGCCGAUGAUCGCGCCCUUCUCAACCCUCCGGGCAGUCAACCUCUCCAGCAACUUCAUCGUUCAUAUCUCCCCCGGAUCGCUGCCCAAGGGCCUGCACUCUCUUGAUCUGUCUAGGAACAAGAUUGCCAACAUCGAGGGGCUCCGGGAGCUGACCAAGCUACGCGUGCUCAACCUCAGCUACAACCGGAUUUCGCGGAUUGGGCAUGGUCUGUCCAACUGCACGGCGAUCCGGGAGCUGUACCUGGCGGGCAACAAGAUCAGCGACGUGGAGGGGCUGCACCGGCUGCUGAAGCUGGCGGUGCUGGACCUGAGCUUCAACAAGAUCACGACGGCCAAGGCGCUGGGGCAGCUGGUGGCCAACUACCACUCCCUCCUGGCGCUCAACCUCGUGGGAAACCCGGUGCAGGCCAACGUCGGCGACGACGCGCUGCGCCGCGCGGUCACGGGGCUCCUCCCGAGCCUUGCCUACCUCAACAAGCAGCCCGUGAAGCCGCAGCGCAGCACGCGGGAGGUGGUCACGGACAGCAUUGCGCGCGCCGCGCUCGGCGGCUCGGGCAGCCGGAGCAGCCGGAAGAAGACGUCGCGGCGGCUCACGCAGAGCCCCCGCUCGUCGUCGAUGACCAGGGGCCGUGGUGGCGGCGGCGGCUCACCCACACCAAGAAACCCAUCUCGUCGUCGUUGA